CGUGGUCGUGGACAAGCGUGUCAACGACAGAACCUUCAUCUAUCCCUAGGAGCAAGCUACCGCCCACGGCUUCACUCCUUGAAACUUGGCGUCAGCUGGCAUUGCACAAGGACUCCAUGUCCAGCGGCAACGUGGAACUCCUGGGCGACGAUGUGGAAAUCCUCGACUACGAACCCGAGGGCGAGGCUCCCACUGCAGAGUAGUUUCCAGCGGCGAGUGCAGAAGACGAGAACCCCCUCAUGCCCAUGGUGUUCACCGUCGAUAAUUUGCUGGACAACAUCGCCACAGCAGAUCCGGCGGAACUGGAGCGGGCCUACAACACCGGACGUGUCUCUCUGGAGGAUAUUGUAGAAGCGGCCCAUCUGUCGUCCGAUUCCCCCCUUUUCGUUCCUCCUUUCUCGCUUUCGCCGGAAGAGAAAUUAACCCUCUUGCCCCACGACGAGUUUAUGGCGUACCAAAGUUGAACGAGAUGUGGUGCGACAGUCUUGCCGGGAAGAUAGCAGAGGCGGAGGCGCGAGAGCAGGCGAAGCGCGAGGACGCGGAGCGCUUGGAGGAACGGGAGGCUGCUCUGGCCGCAGCGGCGAGGAAGCAGGAGGAGGAGCGCGAGGCUGUUCGGGCUGCUGCGGCGAGGAAGCAGGAGGAGGAGCGUGAGGCUGCUCUGGCUGCUGCGGCGAGGAAGCAGGAGGAGGAGCGUGCGGCUGUUCUGGCGGAGCGUGAGGCGUAUCUCCAAGCGGCUAGGGCGAAGCAGGGGGCGCUCCGAUCUCGGCUGAAGGAGCUGGAGCCCCGCCUUAGGACCCGCGAGCAGCCCCCCACCCCCGUCGCCGUGUUAUCGUCCCCACCCCCACGCAAUCCCAGGUGCACCUUGGUUCCCAUCGUACUCCCUCGCCGCACGAGAAGGAGCGGGAGGUGGCGGCUUCUCCAACGAACGAGAAGGAGCGGAAGAGGACAGCGACUUUGGAUUUUUCGGUGACUUUGGGUCUUCCGGCUGGUGCUGAAGACGGAGCAUCGUUUGCGGCGGCAACCACGGUGUACGAGUUCCACAUUGGUGAUACAGCGUUCCUGUCCCGCCCACUGGAGAUGCCUGCAGAAGGUGUCACCUUCCACGAUGAGGACAGAUUGGCAGCUCUUUUUGCAUGGGCUGGCAUCAAACAACUUGUCCGUGCACAAUUCCCACCACCGCACACCGUUGCUUUCGGGCACAUCUACCACACACCGUACCUCGCGAAACUUCCGCCUUCUUCGCGGCAGUCUGUGCUCCAGCUUUUGUUCGCUCUCCGCCGUGCCACCUUUCCUGAAGGUCCUCAAGGAACGUCGGUGGUGACCCAGGAGGCAGGACUCCAGCUGCCUCUUGCUCGUGCCGCCUCGACCAACGACUUCAAGCACGAUCUACAAGCCCCCCGGCAGGCCUCUUCACGCCCUGCACAUGGUUCUGGAGAAGACAAGGACUUCAGUAGGUCGGCGGCUCCGGUGCCCAAGAGCUGGAAGAACCGUUGGGGCGACCGGGAUUCGACGGCCAAGAGCGGGACGGACGACCACCACCGCUCCACCGAGUCUUCGCGAAGGCGCGGCGUCGGAGUAAACAGGCGAGGGCGAGCCGUGGGGAACCAGCCUACCAGGUCUUCGCCGGCGAGUCGCCAUCGCCGGAGCAGGAGUCGGAGCGCAGAACCGCACCAAUCCUUCGUCUAGGCGUGGGCGCAGCCGGAGCGGAGAACGUCGUGGGAGAAACACGCCUCCGUCUAGGGGGAGCCGGAGCCGGACCCAGAACCAGAGCGGGGGCAAUAGCAGGGCGACCAGCACUGACAGCAG